GAAUAAUUUUCCCCGCUUUUUGGCUCUUCUGGUUACCAAGCUCAGUUUUCAUUCAAUAGAUGUCAACUUCUAAAAUGUGUUUACGAGCUUUUACCAAGUUACCUUCGUAUACACAUCAGAGUUUUAAACAAACAAAUUGGACUAGGUCCCUGUCAACGGUCAAUGCAAGCUUGCGUCAGGCCAAUACUUUUACAAAAAAUACACCUCCAGAAACCCUUAGUAAGCAUAUUAUUUACAAUAGGUUAAAAAUGCUCUUUAUGUGAGGCACAAGGAAUUUAAUGAUCUAUCUUUUAAUGUAGUUCCACCUGUCCAAACACAAUUGAAACAUCCUCUUCAGAAAAAAAAGUACGAAACCAUCUCACCCUACAAUUUAACACUGCCAAAACUUAUGGCUGUUGGACUUCACCUUGGUCAUUCUACAAAAUUAUGGGAACCUGCCACUCUUCCUUUCAUUUUCGGUACGAGAGAGGGAAUUAGUAUAAUUAAUCUAGAACAAACCCUUGUAUACUUGAGACGAGCAUGUAAUGUGACACGUGAAGUCGCCUUAAGAGGGGGCUCAAUCUUAUUCAUCGGUACUCGUCCAGGCUUUCAAGAUAUAACCAUCGAAGCAGCUCGCGCUUGCGAAGGGUAUCACGUAUCUUCCAAAUGGAUUCCGGGCACUCUUACAAAUCGUUUACAAGUGCUGGGCCGCCAUGCUCCGCCUGACGCAGAAGAUCCUGGCCGCAUACCUGUCACCUACAAGCCAGAUUUGAUCAUCCUUUUGAAUCCCUUAGAACAUAAGAUUGCUAUCAAUGAAGCUCAGUUACAUAAUAUUCCUAUGAUUGCUAUAACUGAUACAGACUACGAUCCACGACAUGUAUCAUAUCCUAUUCCUGCAAAUGAUGAUUCCGUCCGCGGUGUAGAAUUGAUUGCAAAAGUCUUGUCAGCAGCGGCUAAAGAAGGUUUGCAUCGAAGAAAAUUGUUGUUCAACCAACGGGAAAAAGAAGAAAGAUUGUUCCGGAAGCAGUCAAUAAAAGUGGAGGAAGAAAAAAUCGAGUAACUUGACUGUAAAUGUACAGUGCUCGAUAAAGCAGCAUUAAAAUCCCCCAGUCUUAUUCUUGUUUUAUAGAAAGAGUAUUGACGCAGUAAAUGAGAUAGAAUGAGUGGAUAAUUUAGUGGGUAAGAGGUUUCAGGGAUAAUUAAAAUAAGGAUACUCAGUCAUGCACCUGUAAUACGUAGCU